AUAGAGGGCUCAUUUAGGUAAUUCUGGAGUACAAGCCUGAAGGAGGGACAGUAACAGAUUUGGUCAUUUAUGGGAGAUGGACCUUCAACCCACCCAGUGACCAAUUAGGAGUAGGCAGUUACUGCCCAAAGGACUUUAAGAAGGGUCCCACGAGAGAGACGAGGGGGGGUGGCACUUGGUAGAAUUCCUAAGAGCGAAGGCGUAGGAGUUCUGAUAGGGCAAGAAGGGCAAAAAUGUUUGGCAUUAUUCUGCCCUAGAUUGGAGAACAUCAGAUGUGGGGCCACACUCUGCACGGACGCUAGGCUCAAGUCUGUUUUAAUAAAGAUUGCUCUAUCAUUCCACCCAGCCUUGCCUCCGCAGAAUUUUUUAUCAACAUACUACACGCCGAUAUCUUUGAGGAAGACAGCCCAGAAACUACACCCCCCUGAGAGAUUUGUCAGGAGCUGCCACUGGAGCUGGUGGAGCUGUCAGAGUCAGGAAAACAAGAGGUAACAGAACCACAGCCACAGGAGACUGAUUCAGCACAGGAACUGGAGACAGCUGCAGCUCAGCUCAGACAGGUUGCUGCAGAACAGGAACAGAGGACUGCUGAAAGGCAGAGCAGGAGGCCGGCAGCUGGAGGUCUGGACGGGGAUCAGGAAAGACCGCCGGUCCGGCUCUGGAGCCAGUCUGCUGACCUGCAGACAAGGAAGCAGGAACAGGUGUCCACUGGGCCGCAAACUGAGGACCAGGAACUGGUGGACCUGCUGGUGGAGCUAGAUAACAAGUCAGAAUCAACCAAGUCAAUGAAUGAAGUUCAUCCUCUGGGGACCAAGAAUGUCUGUAGAAAAUGUCAUGUCAGUCCAUCCAUCCAUCCUUUGGUCCAGGUCCAAUCCAUGUGGACUAAAGUAGUGGAGCGACAGACAUUAGCAUCCACAGAGCAACACUGCUAGUGUGUCUAAAAAGACAAUAAAAGAAGAGACAGUCAUGUUGAUAUGAACAUUAGAGAAACACAUCAUGGAGCUGAAACGUGAUCCUGCUUCAUCAUUUGGACUCGUUCACCUCAGCCGACACGUUCAACAGCGCACAGGUUUUUGUAUUACUCUGUCUCACUGUGGGAGGAGGUGGAUACCGGAUCUUUGGCUCUGGAACUAAACUGGUUGUAACAGAUGAGCAGGUAGUGAAGCCCGUGGUGAGCGUGUACCCAGCAGCAUCCAGAGCCCACCUGGAGGGGAGGAGCUCCCUGCUGUGUGUGGCCUCAGCCAUGUUUCCUCCUCUGGUCCGCUUCUCCUGGAAAAGACGAAAGGAGGAUCAGGAGCAGUGGCUCCCUGCUGAGGGAGAGCAGCUGGACCUCAGAGAGACGGGACGCACCGCCGCCAUCUUGCUGGUUGACGGGAACGCCACCUCCACGUAUAAAUACCGCUGCUCCGUCCAGCACGAGGGGGGCACAGUGGAGGUCCCAACAGAACAAGAGGUUCCAGCAGCUCCAGCAGCCUCCUGUCCUCCAGAGAGAGAGCCAGCAGACCUGCCAGCUCUGCAGCAAGCUGACUUGUCAGUGUCCUUCCAGUCUCAGUGCAGGGUGAAGCUGCUCUGUGUGCUCUACACAGUGCUGAUAGUGAAGAGUCUGGUGUACUGCUGUGGACUCUCUCUGCUGAGGAUCCUCUGAAACAAGGGACCGUCCACCAGCUGCUCACAUGCUGACUGACUGUUUCCUGCUCGCCUUUUCUCACCAUCAGAUCUCAUCAGUUCGUCUCAUUGAUCACUUUGAUCAGCAGUCACAAAUGUCAAUGUUCAUGUUUUGUGGUUGGUUGUAAAAUGAAUCUUUUGAUGCACAGGUUAGAUUCAGUCAUCCUACAUAUAUAAAUACAUAUAUACACAUAUAUAUCUGCAGUGACUGAGUAUAAAUUCUGUGGUAUAGUGUUAUUUUCAUCCUCUAGUUUAUUUCCACUUUGAAUUGUGACUUGUAUAAUAAUAGAACAUGAAGCUGAAUCAUUAGCUGUCUGCUAGAUAUUUGAUUGUUUUAGUAUUUUUCUCUUCUUGUCUUUCUUUUUAAUACAUUCUGCAGAGUGUGGCAGCUUUGUUCA